AUGGAGAUCCUCAUCGCCCCCGGCGAGCCACUGGGACAGGCGCAGAAGGAUGAGAUCGCCAAGGCCUUCAAGUUCCUCGCGCUGAAGUCCGACGGUGCCCGGCACCGGCAGCGCGAAGGACUACCGAUGAAGGUCUCGCGGGCGCUGGUGCCGCAGCUGCUGCGCGGCUGCGGCCGCGCGGUGAGCGAGAAGCAGCUGUCCGAGCUCAUGGGCUCGGUGGAGGAGGCUCCGAACGUGAAGCGGCCUCUCAACCUCUCAAGGCUCAAGGCAUUCUGCUGGAGGACUUCUACCGCCUCUACGAAGCGGCUGCGCAGGAACCGCUCCCCGACGAGCAGCAGCUCCUCUCCGCGCUGCGGGCGUUGGACGUGA